GAUUGGUCGGUGGUUCGCAUUGUGCAAAUGGGGAAAGUACACGUUUUGUCGUCUGGUCCUUCUAACCUUCGACAUCAAUAUAACCUGUUAGACGCUUCAAAUUGGAAUCAUUCAGUGAUUAUUAUCUAAUCCGGAACGUAAACUCGAUAAACGCUCAAGGAACGUUCGUUCCCCUUGAUUCUCCGAUCUUAAGGAGAAUACACACUCAGGUGCUUCCUAUAAUUUUUUAUACAUAUUGUAUACUAUACAGUUGCGUGUCGGUAACCGGUCUGUUUCGAUAUAACAAUAUAAUGCAAACGCCGACAAGUAUUGUUAUUCUGAAUUUCUUUGUGAUUGUAUUGAUUUGCGUAAAUAGCGUACAAUGUGAGAAAGAAAAGUCGGGCAAAGACGAACUGAAGAAUCAAAAACUUCCGCCCUGUGCAGCGUGCAAAGUAUUUACCAAUAGUUUCAAAAAGGAGUUAGAAAAAACAAGUCGUGGAAAAUUUGAGGGUGGAGAUAGCGCCUGGGAAGAAGAUAAACUCGGUCCCUAUGCCAAAAGUGAAAUACGAUUGGUAGAAAUACAGGAGAAUCUGUGCAAGGAUAUUGAGCAUGAAGAGACGCAAUGCCAUAGCUUAGCUGAAGAACUAGAGGGUUUGAUAGAGGACUGGUGGUUCAAAUACCAAGAUACUUAUCCGGACAUACACAAUUAUAUUUGUAUAGAAAAGACACAGCGCUGUUGUCCCAAGGAUCAUUAUGGUCCGAGCUGCAAGCCAUGUCCAGGAUAUCCAGACAAAGUGUGCAAUAAUAAUGGCAAGUGCAAAGGAGCUGGUACUAGGAAAGGAAAUGGCAGUUGCCUUUGUGAUAGUGGAUAUAUUGGAGACACCUGUUCAGAGUGUGCAUCAGGAUAUUAUGAGUCUUACAAGGAUGAAAAGACUCUGUUGUGUUCCGCAUGUCAUGCAGCAUGCGAAGGACCUUGCAGAGGUGCUGGACCCAAGGAUUGCGAAAAAUGUGCAAAUGGAUGGCAAAUGAUAGAGAACAAAGGUUGUUUUGACAUUGACGAGUGUCUGAAAAGAGACAUCUGUUCUCGGAACCAAUUUUGUGUAAAUAAGGAAGGAGGACAUUCUUGCUUGGCUUGUGACAGAGCUUGCAGUGAUUGCACCGGUGAUGGUCCAGACAUGUGCAUCGAUUGUGCUGAUGGAUACCAUAAGAAGGACAAUUUGUGUAUAAAUUCGGAUCUUCUCGGCCGCAAGAAACAGGAAAAUCUGGCGCGAUAUCUGACAUACUUCGGUCUCUGCGUAGCGACGUGCAUCAUCUUGCAGCGCAACGUUUACGCAGCAGGUAUUAUCGGUCUGCUGGUUGCGGUGUAUAUAUCCGUCUCGGAAUACAUGAUUGCAAACAGCAACGUCCAAGACACCACGGCGAAUAUGGAUAUUCUAGGACCAGCUUAAAUAGACAAGCAAUUUCAACGCAAUAUCUCUUCGUGAAGUCAUUAUGAUGUCGCGUUGCACUGACACAAGAAAUCACCAUCCAUAUGUAAAAUAGAUCAUGUUAGAAUUAAUCUUUCACUGACGUGUCGUUGCGCGAUUGGCAAAGAAUGUAAAAGUUUAUUUAUUAGAGAAUUGUAUUCUCUGUCGAUACAAUUCUGAAAUUAGAAAUUUUCCGAUGUACGUUUCUGUUACUCGUUUUUAUUUUACAGUUAUAAAAUCGCGAGAUCUGUUUAUUUAGAUGCAUUUUUCGUGUCUGCCAAAGUCACCUCGUUCGGCUUUUUGCCCGAUAUAUUAUUUUGGCCAAUUUGCCCGAUGAUAUAUAUCAUCUCUCGUAUAUAUAUAUAUAUAUAUAUAUCUCUCUUUAUAUUAUUGUAAAUAAUAUAUUUUUCAGUGCAAGGUAACAAGAAUAUAUGAAGAUAUAUAUAGCAGAUUUUUGACAUAAGUGCAUUACAAGGUGUAACAUGUGUGCAUGAUAAUUAGACAUUUUUAUACUCUGUAGAAAAAGACAAAUGAUCUCUCUUCCUCUCUCUCUCUCUCUCUCUCUCUCUCUCUCUCUCUCUCUCUC